AAGAAAUAAUGAUUUCUUUAUUUUUUUCUUUAAUCCUAACAAGCUGCUUUGCAACAAUGACACAUUGUGAAUUGAAAUUCACUGAAUGUACAGAUACCAGAGAAGAUGACUGAAUACAUGAGAAGAAUGAAGAUGAUGUUGACUUUCACACUGCUGAUGAUUCCUGGAGCUCUGAGCUUCAGUGUGACGGGAUAUACAGGAGGAGCAGUCACCAUCACAUGUCAAUAUGAGAAAGGAUAUUCAGCAAAUGCAAAAUAUUUUUGUAGACUUAGUAAAGACUUGACAAAAAAGUGUUCUGAUCUCAUCAAGACUGAAAUUAAAAAUAAACGGUUUAAGAGUGGAAGAUUCUCUCUGUAUGAUGACACAACAGCAUCAGUCUUCAAUGUCACCAUCACUGAUCUGAAUGAAGAUGAUUCAGACACAUACUAUUGUGCAGUUGAUCGAUCUUUAUGGGAUAUCUACACUGAAGUGAAGCUGAAUGUUAGAGAAGAUGACUGUUGUGAGAAGAUCAUCAGUCUGUCAGUUCCUUCAGGUGGAUCUGUGAACGUCAGCUGUAAAUACCCACAAUCCCACAGGACAGACGUGAAGUUUCUCUGCAGGUCAUCUGGAGAUGAUAUAUGUGCUCAUGUGAGACAGACACGACACAGAGAUCAUGAUGUUCUCUUCAUCACUAAUGUGACUGAUCACAGAUCAGCAGAAUACUGGUGUGCACUUCAGACUGAGGAUCACAGAUACAAGAUCUUCAUCACACGAGUACACAUCACUGUCACUGAAACAACCAGAUCACCACCAUCAGUAACAACAACCACACCAUCAUCCUCAACUUUGUGUCUCUCAUCAGUUCAAUCUGCGCUGGUCACAUCAGCAUCUGCUGUGACAUCAUCAGUAUUUUCAGACUCUUUAUGGAUCAUGAGUUGGUCUGUGGUUCUGGUUCUGACCAUCACAGGACUGUUGAUGCUGACUGUGAUUCUCUGUAAGAGAUAUCAGACUGCAGAUGCUGAUUCAGACUGUAGAAUAUCUCACUCAGGACCAGAAAUCUAUGAACUGGUUACUCACGAAUAUGACGAGAUAAAAGACAUCAGACAUCUGAAUGAUUUAGAAUCAGCAACCAUAACAGACUUAAAUACUGCACCAUUACCCACAAUCCCCUCUGAUGCCCUGAACACUGUUUAUGAAACUCUUCAAUUAACCACAAUCCCCUCUGAUGCUAUGAGUACUGUUUAUGAUACUCAUCAAUUACCCACAAUCCCCUUUGAUUCUUCUAACAAUGUUUAUGAAACUCUUCUACUACCCACAAUCCCCUCUGAUGCUUCUAACACUGUUUAUGCUGCUCCUCGAUUACACAGUCAACAAAUUCAACUUUAAAAUGUUCUCCCAACAAAGAUAAUAAAGUAACAUGAAAACAUUGUAUAACAGGAAGAGAAAAUGCAUUACUUGACAUAUUAUUUUGUUUAAAUUUACAUUUAAAAGUGGUUUAAAAGUCUCCAUGAUGCAUUGCAGAAUGUUACAUUUUAUGGUAUGUUUUAUUAAAGAGGAUCA